AGAGCGGCGGCGGUCGGAGAGCGGCGGUUGCGGCGCAGGACAAGCGACCAUGGCAGGCCAUGACUCGGGAUCGCAACACCAGUUCACCGGAUUUCAGAAGUACUUCAAUUCCUACACCAUCACAGGCAGGAGGAACUACGUGUUAGCGACGUACGCGAGCAUUGCAAUGGUCGUCUUAUACUUCAAGYUUAGGCCUAAGAAGAAUACUCCUGCAGUGGCAGAGAAGUGAAUGGUUGCUGGCAUGACUGAACCUCCCAUCUGUGUCACUGUAACAGAAGUCGAUGUCUUGUUAUGGCUAGUCUAAUAAAAUAUAUACAACACCUUGUUUUAUCUAAAAUAUGAAACUGUGCAACAGAAAAGAAUCGUGACAUUUAGCUUUUUCCCUUAGUAGAGUAGUUGAUUCUUGUCAUGACUCGCCUGACUUUUGCUGUUAUGACACACCUUAAAAGGUCCUGAGCACCAGCAACCACUUAGCAGCAAAAGACCUCAACAGCGUGAAUGUCCAAGCACAGAGCUUGCAGCUGGCCAAAGCAUCUCCAUAUUCCCAAAUAAUUUACUGAACAACAGGUUUGCAGAUUGUCCUGAUUGCUCCCCUCUUUUGGGUUCCUAGCAUUUUAAAAGCUUAAAGGGAAAACUGGUUCUUUCACUCACAGCAACUUGAUGCACAUUAACAGGAUUUGUGUCCUGUAACAGGUUAUCUGUGUUGAGUGACUUUUACAGAGGCUCUUUGCUUUGGAUGGAAAAUCUUCCCACAUAGACUGAUAAAAUGUAGUGUAUGUCCUCAUUUCCYGAGGACAAAAGAAUAAGUAAAUGGAGGCGCUUGAUUUCUUUUGCUUAUCACUUAGGUAACAUUGAUAUUAGGAAGCUGUUAUUUAGUGCAGUCUCCUGAGCACUGWGAGAGUCACACAGCACUGCUUUAGUUACCUUUGCUGAGAGAGGGUGGGAAGUUAGAGGACCAAAACAGUGAACUGCAGGGUUUGGUGCUGGAGUCGAACUAUUAAAUAYGAUAUUUAGCU